CGCGGCUGGACACGGCAUCGCUGCGCCAAUUUCUGUCUUCACACCCAUCACCAUCGUUUGCUCAACGCUGUUCACCACGACGAGCAGCCUAGAUAUCUGGAAAAUAUACAGGGAAUCAAUACCCAGGAAAUAAUUUGAAAAAGCUACUUAAGCCUCAAAUAAAAUGUCGUUCCUCAGAUCCGCUUCUGCCUCUGCCCGUUUCCUUACGCGUCGAGCGUAUUCUACCGGUGCCUCAGCCGAGAAAUCCUCCAGUUCGCCCUACUACUUUCUUGGUGCGGGUGUAGUCGGACUGGGUACAUAUUUCUACCUGAACCAAUCGCAAGCAACAAUGUCGACUCAGGAAAAGAGUCCCCUAGACCCCAACAACUUUGUGGACUUCAAGCUCAAGAAGAUUAUUCCUUACAACCACAAUACUUCUACCUUCAUCUUUGAGCUCCCCAACGACGAAGCUUCUCUUCUUCCCGUCACUUCAUGCCUCGUCGUCAAGUCCUCCGACCCCGCUGCGCUUGUAGACGCCAAGGGCAAUCCCAUUAUCCGCCCCUACACUCCUAUCUCCCAGCCUGACGAAAAGGGCAUUCUUUCUCUCCUUGUCAAGAAAUACGAGAAUGGUAACGCGUCGAAACACAUCCAUUCCCUCAAGGAGGGAGAUACCCUUGCCGUCAAAGGCCCCAUUCCCAAGUGGCCUUACAAGCACAAUGAGUUUGACGAAGUCGCCCUCAUUGGCGGAGGCAGUGGAAUCACCCCCCUGUACCAAGUCAUCAGUCACGCCCUUCCUGACCCGGCAAACCGCACCAAGUUCACCCUUGUGUACUCAAACGUCACGGAAGCCGAUAUCCUCUUGCGGCCCGAGCUAGAUACCCUGCAGAAGAAGUACCCUAACAAGCUCGAGAUUGUUUACGCGCUUGAUAAGCCCCCUGCUGGGUGGACCGGACCGACUGGAUUCAUCAGCAAGGAUUUGCUGAAGAAGUAUGUCGCACCCGCGAGUUUGAAUGAGAAAGUGAAGGUGUUCGUGUGCGGGCCUCCUGGUCAGGUUGCUGCGGUGGCGGGGAAGAAGGAUGGGUAUAAACAGGGUGAGCUGGGCGGUGCUCUCAAGGAGUUAGGAUACACCGAGGAUCAGGUAUUCAAAUUCUAGAUGGAUGAACCUGUGGACUAUCUUGAGUAGAUACAGAAAUCUUUAUACUUGCUGAAGUUAUAAAACAAUUUGUUUACACAUUCAAAAUCUUGGGAUUGAAUUCC